CAUUGCAGUUCAAUCGCUUCCCCUACGCUGUGUUCAAUACAAAGCGACAGUCGCUUUUUCAAAGCUGAAAAACACCGUGAAAAUAUCUGAAAUUUGAGACUACUGUGCAGUCAUGGCUGGCGGCAAAGCAGGAAAGGACUCCGGGAAAGCCAAAGCGAAGGCCGUGUCGCGCUCCGCCCGUGCGGGAUUGCAGUUCCCUGUGGGCCGUAUUCACCGACACCUGAAGAAUCGCACCACAAGCCAUGGACGCGUGGGGGCCACAGCGGCCGUCUACUCAGCCGCCAUCCUCGAAUAUCUGACCGCCGAAGUGCUGGAGUUGGCCGGAAAUGCGUCGAAAGAUCUCAAAGUGAAGCGUAUCACACCCCGUCACUUACAACUGGCCAUCCGUGGAGACGAAGAGUUGGACAGCUUGAUUAAGGCUACUAUUGCGGGUGGCGGCGUGAUUCCGCACAUCCACAAAUCGCUCAUCGGCAAGAAGGGUGGUCCGGAAUAACCGUGGCAAAGUGACGUGCCGAGCUUUUAAUCAUAAUUUCCAUAAAACAGACCUCCAAUAUCGAUCUUUCCACUUUAAUAUUGCCUUUAAUGAGACCUCUUCAGAGAGAAAAACCCCCUUUUUUUUAAAUCAACAUUUUACGUUCACGGGAGCACCUCCGGAUGGCGGACGUGGCAGACUUUCCACAAGAACAAGAAUAUGAACCGGAGGUUGGAUAUAUGACUACUUUUUUUUGUUCUUCCCUUAGAAUUUAAGUUGAUGCAUUCAUGCGAGAGCAAUUUGUGUUUCUCCGUAUUUCACGAUUUAUGUAAUUUUUCUUUAAAGAUAUAUAGAAUCUAGCGGUAGUAUUUUGAUUUCUGAUGUGUCGUAAUUAAAGGAAAAGAAGAAGAAAAAUCUCUGAGAAGAGAUAAUGAGAGUAAAUACGAAAUACAAGCAUUGCUGUUAAAGACUUCACACGUGGACUUUGCAGAAGCUGACAAGAUGUGGAAAAGUUUGUUUCACGUUGUAAAUUAAAUUGAAAUAAAGAUAGAAAGGAAUAA